AUGGUCCCAAAGAUGAAAGAGGGUAGACCCCACGAAAAUGUGGCGUCCCCAUGGAGUAAACUAAAAGGUCUUCAGCUUCCCAAGGGAAUUGUGGUAUUCGAAUUCCCAGAUGGUUCAGAUAACCCUUCCAAAGCUUCGAGAGAAGCACAUUCUCACGUGUUGAUGGGAUCCUGUCCAUCUUCCACCUUUCUGGAUAUAAGUCUUGGCGCCUCCGUACAGAACCUUGUCCGUGGCACCUGUCAUUGGUCAUUUAGUGGCGCGGAUCCUUGCUAUAAUAUGCCUUAG